CCUUCGUCCCCUCCGGCUCAUUUCUCCUCUUUCUACCUAUCUCUAUAAGUUCAAGAUGCUCCUUUACGAAGAUAUUCUCACUGGCGAUGAGAUGUUCUCCGAUGCCUUCCCUGUCAAGGAGGUUGACGGUGUCGCCUACGAAGUUGACUGUGUUAUGGUCUCUGUCAAGGCUGGUGCUGAUGUCGACAUCGGUGCCAACCCGUCAGCUGAGGAGAACGAAGACGGCCCCCUUGAGGAGGGUGCCCAGACCGUCAACAACGUUGUACACUCCUUCCGUCUUCAGGCGACCACAUUUGACAAGAAGUCCUACCUUGCCUAUCUCAAAGGCUACAUGAAGGCGGUCAAGGCGAAGCUCCAGGAGACCAAACCCGAACAGGUUGCGGAGUUCGAGCAGGCUGCACAGAACUUUGCGAAGAAGAUCGUCGGCGAUUUCAAGAACUUUGAAUUCUUCACUGGCGAGAGCAUGAACCCCGACGGUAUGGUCGCCCUCCUCAACUACCGUGCGGACGGUGUUACCCCUUACUUCACCUUCUGGAAACACGGUCUCAAGCAGGUCAAAUUGUAAUUGUAUCGCUUCAGAUGUAUUCUUUCGUUUUUGGUGAAUUGCUAUCGUAGUGUGGGAUAGCAGUACUAGUGUACUUCCCAGCGCAUUGUACCAAGACUGGCCAGCAUACUUACUACGCAACCUAUGGUGCAUUCUCGCGAGGCCGAAGAGAAUUUGAUUUGUUAUAAGGAGCUAUAUAUACGCGUACAUCGCUGGGCCUUGCCCAUUCGUGGAUACCGCACCUUCUUCCCGUUACACGCAGCGUUCUCUGUGAGUCGAUGGAUAGAAGCUACUACUGUCAUUCCCGAUGCAGACUGCUGGAAUUGAGGAAAGUUGGCUCACGCCACGGCUGCACGCUUUGCGAGAAGUGGAGCACACCUCUCCGCCAGGUCUUCGGCAGGGCUUCCACGACAUGCCUCUGCUCAGCAACCGGCAGGCAUGGGCGAAAAGGUCCCUGAACUCGACGCUCUGCAGGUGUCCGUCCACUCGCUCUGCGAGGAUGUUAUCGAGAGCAGACCAGUUCGUCGGUAUGGGCACUUCAGCGGUGGGACGCCUCUCCGGUAGGUGAUCGCGGUACUGGUCGUAGAGGGGACCUGCCGAGAGGUAAUGAAGUGUGAAACAGAGAUUCCGUACAGUCGAAGGAAGGGUUGGGAGCAUGUGGGUGAGAUAAUUGUACACAGGUUCGUAGAAGCCUGCCCGCGUAAACAAGCCGACGAGCUCGGGCUGCGAAGGCUGGAUGACGUCG